AGCAAUCAAUAAGCUGAUCGGGACGAUCGCCGUCGUCUACGCGGUGCAGGAGAAGACAAGGCAGGAGAAAAACACCGAAGCUGUAAAUUGACAGAGCCACAACUGUUUCUCGAACGGCUCCGGGGACAGCUGCUGGGGGGAGCUUCGGCCUCCGUUCCCUGGCAGGGGAGCCUCCUCCUCCUCGCCUCGGACGAACGAACGGGCGAACAGGAUGGCCGACACCGAGUUCGAGCAGUUCCGCUUUUACUUCGACAGGCUGCCCCAGCACUUCAAGGCCCCCAGCGACUCCUACACGCUGGUGCAUGGGGUCAUGCUGGACGAGUCGCCGACGUCGUCGCAGGAGAGCGACAACGAGGCGGGCAGGUCGUGCGUAGGCGCGACGAUAGAUUCCGAGGACGAGGAGGUCGUGGUGCUGCACAGGCAUCACGAGGCUCACAGCGGCCACAGCUCCGCCGACGAGGAGUGCGAGCAAAUGUGCUGCUCCUCUAUCGUCGCCGACAGCGACUUUAGCCUGUUCGCCGGAUUGAGCAGUAGUAGUAGCUGCAGCAGCAACAACGGGGACAACAUUGGAGGAGGAGGAGGAGGAGGAGGAGGACUCGGCCGGGCGCGGGACAGCGGCCUCGGGAGCGAGGUGGGCGAAGCCUCGUCCUCUUGGCCGACGCCGGAGCACCAGCCCCGAUCGGCUGGUCUGGGCGAGCGUAGGCGCAGACUGCCCGAGAUACCCAGGCGGAGAUGUGAGUCUUCUUGCGACCUUUGUUUUUGUUCUGGUCAAUCGAAAUCGUUCACCCGUGCAACGAUGGAGGGUUUAAUGGGACUAAGGAUCGUUUGA